GAAGGCGACGAUGACAGGUUGGCGUGAUUUCCUUCUCCUGUGCUUUUUGUUUAAUCCGACAUGGACUCGUUUCGUACUUGAUCCCAAUGCUAGAGGUUUCGUAGUUGAUCCCAAUGCUAGAGGUUUCAUAGUUGAUCCUAGUGCUAGGAGAGGAGUACAGAGCGAUGUGUACAUUGUCAGCAAUAGGGCCAAUAUUAGAAUUCACCAUGAUGGAGAUAGAUACAAAGUCAGGAGAAGAAUAACACCAGAUGGGAUAAGACCUUCUCUCUCUGCAGCAGGAAAAACAGAUGUCAAGAAAGUGUCACUCUCAGGAGAUGGAGGGGUCAGUUCCUAUAACCAACGAACGGUAAAUGGUAGGAAUGGGAACGAACAGUCCAUUACAAAUGACAAAAACAUUGAUGUUCGAAUCGUUUCAAAUGACGACUUCAUCAAGAGGAAAAGUAAAACAAAUGGCAGAAGUGACAUUGAUCAGCCUGUAGUAAAUGAUGUUAAUGUUAGUGACCAACAAACGACACAUAUUAGAAGUACUGUUGACCAGUCAGGUUCAAAUAUUGAAGUUGUCAACGACCAAACAGCGACAGAUGGUGAAAGUAACGUAGUUCAGUCUGCUCCUAAAAAUGGUAUUGUUAACGGCCACCAGGCGACAAAUAUCAAUGAUAUUGUCAGUCAGUCUACGUUUGAUGGCAGCACUGGCAACGACCAGUCAAUUUCAAAUGGUGGAACGGAUGAUGGACUUCAAACUAUGAAUAAACCACUAGUUAUUGAUAUGACUCACGGCAAACUUAAGUCCAGGGUAGAACAAGGGGAUGUCCUUAUCAGUAGGAAAGACAACGGUCCACAAUUCUCCAGCGGAAAUGGUCAAGCAAAUGAAAACAUAGGUAAUACAGAUGUCCUUGAAGAUCAACAAAUGGAACAAACUGUAGGAGGAAGUGAUGGAAGAGUUGUUUUAAUCGGUCUAAAUGCACAGAACCAAGGACAAAAUAUAAAUGAUGUUGAAAAUGGCCAAAUGACUGUAACACCGCCUCCCCAAAAUCAAGUUCAAAAUGGUAUGCAAUCUGACAAUGUUAACAGUGGAACUGGGCAAAACGAGGCACAAUUCGAUACUGAUCAAAGCAGUUUCCCGGUUGGAAAUGAACAAACUGGAUCACAAAUUGGUAUUGAUCAAACCACUACAAGCACUGAAGCGUUUCAAACCAGUCCACAGACGAAUUUUGAUGAUCAAACUGGCCAGCAACAAGGUACUGACGAAACCAGUACGCAACCUGAUACUUUCUCUACUGGAAAUGAUGAAGAAACAAUACCAACAACACCUCCAACUACCCCAGCAAUCCCAACAGAUGUGGAAACUACAUUUAGUCCUGUUACAAAUGAACAGGAACAAGAGGAAACACGGAUUACUCCAGUUGAUGAACUGGACGUAACAACCACACCUCGAGACGAAACAGAAGUCGGUAAAACUAGGAAACCAAGGCAACAAGAAGGGAGAGAACGAGAAGAAGUUGAACCUAGGGAAUCAAAAGAAGGUUUUGAAAAACGCCAAGACCAUAGAAGAAAAUCUGCAAGGGAUGAAGAUGAAGACUGGUGGGAAAGCGACAGCUGGGAGUUCAACAGCUGGGAUAGUGAUUCGUUGGAAAGAAAUUUUCUGUCAGAAGAUAGGCAAAGGAAAGUGAAAGCAGGAGAUGUAUCAAUUAUACCCGUCAGACCGUAUCAUAUUCUAAAGAAAGCAGACAAAUUUGAAAGUGAUAGCAGCGAUUGGGAUAGUGAAUUAUACACAAAUGAAGAUACAAGUGCCGAUAAACAUGACACACGCAAAGAACAGGUUUUGAACGAAGAAGGGGACAAAAGAAAAAAUAGGAUUAAAAAGAGGGUAAAUUAUGAAUCAAGUAGCGAUGAUUCGUUUUGGGAUUCUUUUGAGGACAGUGACAGUGGUAACACAGAUAAUCUGUUUAAACCAGUUAAAACCAAAUUGACAGACGAAAAACAAACUAAAGUUGAACAACCCACUGUUUUAAGAAAACACGUUAGAAGGAGCAGAACGGAAUAUUCUAGCAGCGAUAGUACAGAGUACGAUUAUUCAGAUGGGGUUGAUAAUUAUAAAGAUGAUGAUAAGAAAAGUCUAUCUAAAUUUCAUGAUUGGGCAGUAACAUAUGACAGUAGUGACAGCUGGGACGACUCCGAUAGCGGAUACUGGGAAGAUUCAGAAUAUGAUCGGAAAAGAUUAAGCAAACCGACGAGCGUUAAAUCAAAACUUAAAUCUAAUCUAAUAUAUCAUCGUAGGCCUGACGAUGAUGAUAGUUGGUAUAGCGACAGCUGGGAAGAUAGCAGUGAACCUCGUCGUACAUCAAAGAAUGUCAGGGUUGUCAAACCGAGAUUAACAGAUAAAUCUUCGCCUACUGUUAAAACCGAUCACGAAAGAAAAGAUUCUAAAUCUUAUAGGUUAAGACGUGGUAACGAUUAUAGCUGGGAGAGUGAUUCUUCCUGGGAAAGCGAUGGUUGGGAAUACUAUGAUGAUUCAGAUGAGUAUGAAAGUAAAGCCAAAACACAGCUGACACCAAUAGGCACUGGUGCAGCUGUUGCCAGAAAUGAGAUUCGGAGAAGGCAUUCGUUUGCCAAACAAUAUGAUGAUAACUCAGACAAUGACGACAACGGCAAUAUGAGACUUAGACUAAAAACAACGAGAAGGGGUAAUCGGAUUCUUAAUGAACCAAAUCGUUCAGAUAGCAAAAGAAGACUUCAUUUUAAAUUGUCAGGUCGUGUACUUCUCAAUAGACCACAUAAGAAAACAAAAUAUAUGUUUAACGAUUAUGAAACCAGCGAUGACGAAUCAGAAUAUGUUAGACCUCUGAAAAAAAAUCGAAAAAAAUCUGGUAGGAAAGAAUUGUUUCUCCUAGACACAACAAAAUGAAAAGAUUGUUUUACUCUUGUUUGGAUCAUUUUGCAUAUUAUUUAAUGUUAGUUACAAAUUUUAUAUAUAAAAACAUUACAAUGAUGACUCCGAAAUAUAAAACAUUACAAUGAUGACUCCGAAAUAUAAAACAUUACAACGAUGACUCCGAAAUAUAAAACAUUACAAUGAUGACUCCGAAAUAUAAAACACUACAAUGUUGACUCCAAACUAUAACACAUUACAAUGACAUUUCUCCUAGACACAACAAAAUGAAAAAAUUGUUUUACUCUUGUUUGGAUCAUUUUGCAUAUUAUUUAAUGUUAGUUACAAAUUUUAUAUAUAAAAACAUUACAAUGAUGACUCCGAAAUAUAAAACAUUACAAUGAUGACUCCGAAAUAUAAAACACUACAAUGUUGACUCCAAACUAUAACACAUUACAAUGACAUUUCUCCUAGACACAACAAAAUGAAAAGAUUGUUGUACUCUUGUUUGGAUCAUUUUGCAUAUUAUUUAAUGUUAGUUACAAAUUUUAUAUAUAAAAACAUUACAAUGAUGACUCCGAAAUAUAAAACAUUACAAUGAUGACUCCGAAAUAUAAAACAUUACAAUGAUGACUCCGAAAUAUAAAACAUUACAAUGAUGACUCCGAAAUAUAAAACACUACAAUGUUGACUCCAAACUAUAACACAUUACAAUGAUGACUCCGAAAUAUUAAACAUUACAAUGAUGACUCCGAAAUAUAAAACAUUACAAUGAUGACUCUGAAAUAUAAAACAUUACAAUGAUGACUCCGAAAUAUAAAACAUUACAAUGAUGACUCCGAAAUAUAAAACACUACAAUGUUGACUCCAAACUAUAACACAUUACAAUGAUCAUUCCGAAAUAUAAAACAUUACAAUGAUGACUCUGAAAUAUAAAACAUUACAAUGAUGACUCCGAAAUAUAAAACAUUACAAUGAUGACUCAGAAAUAUAAAACACUUCAAUGUUGACUCCAAACUAUAACACAUUACAAUGAUGACUCCGAAAUAUAAAAUAUUACAAUGAUGACUCCAAAAUAUAAAACAUUACAAUGAUGACUCCGGAAUAUAAAUAUUACAAGUAGUUUUAGAUAAUAUGCAGACAAAUUACAUGGUUACAAUUUUCAAAAGGAUUGACAUUAAUAAAUUAUACCAAUAUUAAAUCUGUAAGAACAAUGAUUGGAAACAUAGUUUAUACAAUUCGAAGAAAUAUUCCAUGAAAUGGAACUUACAAUCUUUUGUAUAUUUAUGAAGUUUUAUAUAAGCAUCAAACAAAGUCACAAAUAACCAUUAAGAGACAUUUUUAUAGGUAAAUUGUUCUUUGUAUGACGUACUUGAUGUUAUUUCAUACACACUGGUAUUUACUUAUAAGGUAUUCCAGGAUAGAAUGCCUGUAUGAAAUGCAAUGCUAGUAAUAUAGAAGCUAAAAGUAACAAUACAUAUUUAAUUUUGCUUGAUCAUGUUACGUUACAUCAUUUUACUGAAGUAGAAUAAACCAUUUAGUGUCAAAA